AUGGGUUCUUCUGCCUCGAAGCGUCAAAAACAAGAGCCUCACUAUGUGGGUUAUUCGAGUUUGGAGUUGUAUUCCAAGUCCAUGCAUGCCUCUUCAAAGAAAUUUAUGAUUUCAUCUAUGGCACCGCCAUCUUUAGAAACGAGCUCUUUGCUCGGGAAUCAUCAGAAUUAUCAUCAUCAUGGAUCGGGUUUUAAUAUUGAAAGAAUAUGCGUGACUGGACUGAUCGGAAGUGGAAAAACUUUCCUAAUCAACAAAAUCAUGGAAUAUCUCACCAUGCCUAAUUUUUCUGAUGUCAAACAACACUUACAACAAGAAAAGAAAAAGUUGGAAUUUAUUGAAAUUGAUAAAGAUAUUAUUCGAAAAACAAGAUCCAUUGGUGGCGCUCAAAUUAAGGGUUUAGUUUAUGUAAUUCACAGAAAAGAAUACUUGACAUUGCAUCAUAGUUUGAAUGAGCUACUUCAAGUCGUUCAACAUAAUGCCUCUCUCCAUUCAAUUCCUAUCGUUGUUGUCGGGUUGCAUAUUCUUGGUGUUGCUCCUUUACUUGCGGACAAUUACAAAAGCAAGACCAUCAUGGAGGAAGAUUUUGAUGCUGCCACUCAACACUUAUUCUCGUUGUUACAACAAUUUUUUAAUAAUCGAUGUUGUUAUUUGGAUUUUAUUGUAUCGGAUGAGGCAGACAAUGACAAGCAAAUGAUAGCGAGCAAUAUUGAAUACAUUUUAUUGAGCUUGACAAGUUUUUUACCUCACUCGUCGAACAAUACAAUUAGCAACGAAGAGGUAUUGCCAAAAAAGUAUGAAGAUUUUAAGCAGCAACCACAUGAUGGAGAUUUUCAGAAUUAUGUACAGAGUCAAAAAUCCACCACUCCAAAUACAAUUCCAGCAAGUCCUUCGCAUAUAUUUGUUUAA